GCACACGCUACGUCGCACUCCGGCCGCACGAAUCGAAUUACAAUUUUGUUGAAUUAAAAUUACGCAUUAUUACAUGUAAUAAGUGUGUAAUACUGUUGUGUGUUUGUGUGUACAAAUAUAACCGUACAGAUAGUGAUGUGAUUGUGAACUAGUGUUGUGUGUGUGCGGAUGAAAUCUUUUGAGAUGUUGUACCAAUUAAAAUCGACACGUAAAUUGUUGUUGAUAAGUUCGUAAAUUGUUUGUCAAAUGAUGUCGAUUGUGAGUGAUAGUGAUGUGAUGAGUUGAUGUGAUAGUGUCCACCAUGCUGCCGGCGUUGUGUCGGUUGCUGGUCACGGCGGCAGCUCUCGGCGCCACUCUAAUGGCUAUGGCGGCUAAAAAUGUACCGAUGACGCAAGUGGUAGCCGUGGCCGGCGAGCCUGUCUACCUGCCGUGCGACAUCGCGACACAGGAUGAAGAUGACGCCGUCUUAUUAGUGCUGUGGUACCGAGAGGAUCUUGGUACUCCUAUAUAUAGUGUCGACGCAAGAGAAAGAGACUUCGGUGUCGCUGAGCGCUGGUCGGAUGAAAGUGUGUUCGCGUCCAGAGCAUACUUUCUACCCGAGAGAAGACCAGCAGAGCUCGGAGUAGACCGAGUGAAGGCUUCAGAUCAAGGAGUCUAUCGAUGUAGAGUGGACUUCAAACAAGCCCAGACUCGAAAUUCUAGAGUCAAUUUGACUGUUAUAGUACCGCCAAAUAAGAUGGUGAUCACGGAUGACAAGGGCGACGUGAAACAAGCCAUUGUCGGCCCGUACAUCGAAGGUGAUACGUUCACGUUGAAGUGUGACGUCAGUGGAGGUCGUCCACGACCCUGGAUCAAAUGGUUCCGGGACGAGGUAGAGACGGAUACCCCAGCGACCCCUCUCUCCGGUAAUGGGGUCCGAGGGGUCCUCCACGUGGGACCACUCACACGAGUUGACGUGCGAGCUGCUUUUACAUGCAGAGCCUCUAAUCAUCCUCGAGCACACCCCAUAGAAACUACUCUUACUUUGGAUAUGAAUUUUCCACCCCUAACAGUCCACAUCCUCGGGUCCAAUCAGCCUUUAUCAGCCAGUAGAAGAUACGACCUGCUGUGUCAGAGUUCAGGGUCCAGACCACCAGCAUCCAUCACCUGGUGGAAGAAUGGACACAGGAUAAACAAUGCUAAGGAAACGCUUUCAACAGACGGCAACACAACCACGUCAACGGUAUCCCUGCAGUUGACCAAGUCUGAUGCAGGAGCCAAGCUCGCAUGCAGAGCAUCCAACCCUCAGAUGCCGUUGGUACCAGCUCUAGAAGAUGACUGGACGCUGGAUAUACAAUAUGUCCCAGAAACAGUAGUCAGGCUGGGAACGAACCUGGACCCUUCAAACAUCAGAGAAGGCACCGAUGUCUACUUCGACUGCAUCAUCAGAGCACAUCCAUACGUUUAUAAAGUCGAAUGGAGGCAUAAUGGUAAAACUCUUCUCCACAACGUGGGCCAAGGCGUCAUCAUCAGCAACCAGUCGCUGGUACUCCAAGGUGUUGGCAGAAAGACAGCUGGCAACUACACCUGUGUGGGUUUCAAUGCAGAAGGCGAUGGGGAAAGCAAACCUUUCACAUUAAAUGUUUUAUACGCACCAACUUGUCGGAGUUCACAACAGAGGGUACAUGGAGUUGCGAAACAGGAACGAGCUCAUAUCACUUGCCACGUUGACGCUAACCCACCUGAAGUAGUGUUCCGAUGGACCUUCAACAAUACAGCGAACAGCAACGAAGUCAGUGACACGUAUGUCUCCAGAGCUGGUACCAGUUCCACCGUCACCUACACUCCUCACACGGAGAUGGACUAUGGGACUCUUCUCUGCUGGGCACACAAUAGGAUUGGCAAGCAAAGAGUUCCUUGUGUCUAUCAUAUUAUUGCUGCGGGUCGUCCUGAUCAAGUCCACAACUGCACAGUAGUGAACGCAUCGUUAACAUCGUUCGGGGUUCGCUGUUCGGAGGGUUUCAACGGUGGCAUGCCACAGUCUUUUCUCCUAGAAGUGCGAGAGAUUGUGACACAGGAGAUUGUAGCCAACGUAUCAAGUGCGGUGCCUCGCUUCACAGCAGUCGGUCUCUCACCAGGUCGAACUUAUGCUGCAGCUGUUCUAGCAUACAAUGCUAAGGGCAGAGGAGAUCCUUAUCCUUUGAGGGCCAGCACCUUGAGGCCACCAGAGAAACACCAUGUACAUGAUAAGAGUUUAGAUCUCCCAAGAACUGCCUUCCAAAUGUCGGGAGCGAUGUCAGUGGCCGUCGGUGGAGGUAUCAUCCUGACAGUAGUCCUGAUACUCUUCAUGAUAGCUAUGAGACAACGCUGUGCUAAACGGAAGCCAAGGUCUGCUCCUCCACCCUCGUCACAACCAGCCAGUCCAGACAAACUGAGGGAGAAAGAGGACAGUGAAAGUGAUGAUAGGAAUCCAGAUAUAAUACCGUCGGAUACUGAUCAGAUGCAGAUGGACUACUACCGUCAGCAACAAGUGUCGACCAUCUCCCCACCUCCAGGGGUGCGGGGCGGGGCGCGCGGCAGUGUGGCGGGCGUGCGCGGCGGCCUGCCUGCGUACGCGGCUUUACGCACUGCACCGCCGCCUGCACAUCCCAUGCAUGACCCACAGCAGAUGGAAGAUGGAUAUUCUUAUGGUGUUCUGUUCGUUCAGAACGCGUCGUCAGGUAUUCCGCCACCCGCGCGGUUUGCGUCGGGCUCCUGCACGUUGCCACGGGGCUCAUCAUUGGGCCCAUCGGGAGGUAUUCCUCUACAGCAUCUACGGACUCUCCCCCGGCCGACGGGGCCCGCGGGACCGCCAGGCCCGGCGCCAGGACCCGUGGCACCCGCGGCCGCGCCCCGCCUGCCCCCCCGCGACACUCCGCUCUGACAGACCACACAACUAUAGGACAUGUAAAUACGACUGUGUUAUUCAAGUGCUCAAAACUUUUUUUAAAUCGAGUGAUUAGUGUUUUUGUUGUGGGUAUCUAGUACUUGCUGUAGUGCUGUUAUGAAAAAUAAAAUUCUAAUAAGAAAUUUAUUUCGUAUACCAUAAUCUACGCAGUUAUACUUUUUACUUAAAAUUUUGCUUCGUACAUACUCUAUUCACCUUGAGAGACUGCAACGAAAUAAUAAGAGCGUGUAUUUUCAAAAAAAACACUUGAAUUAUUAAUCAAAUUCGGUUCGAAAGCAAAACAAAGAACAAACUCCCACAUCUAUAAUAUCGACAAGUACGAACUAAGAACGAACUUCAUUAAAGUUUUCAUGUCUUCGAAGUAAAAAAGGUACUUGAACUUGUUUUCCAACACCCGAAGUUAUAUUUAAGCGAGCUGUAAACUCUACUGCAAUGACUUCAUGAACUCAAAUUAAAAGAGAACUAAAACAUGACGUCACUACUAAUACUCUUUAUUACAGCUCUUAUAAACUUUUUAGCUGAGUCUCAAAGAAUGGAUUUACUUUGCAAUUAAAAAUAUCUACGAAGUUCUUAUUAGGAUUUCUCAGUUCGAGUAAUACCUUGUUUCUAUAAAUUAGUGGGAAAAUCGGUGUCUGUAGUUUGAGGUCAAAUAUAAUAUUUGACGUACAUAGUUGAAACGUUCUAGAAGAAAACUGAAGUCACUAUUUACUUAAGACUAAUAUUCAUCAUCUUCUUCGUCGUUCUCUUCAUUACUGAAGGUCGUGUCUAGUCUAAUGCACGCUGCUCGCGUUACUUGAUGUACAAACCUCCUCCAGGCGCCUCUGUCCUCUGCGGUCUUUAUGACUGAACUGUCAGGCCGGUGAGGUUUUUACAGAUAUAGCCUACGGAUAACCUGACCACUAACCACCAGAAUCUUUAGAUUAUCGCCGUCUGUACUACUUCUAAUAUUCAUACUAAACUCUUUUUCUUUUACGUACCAUUAGUUUUUUAUUA